GUCGCACUCCACGGCUAGGUUUACAAGCCACUCUUGUAAAUCAGACCAAUAAAUAGUGACCUUCAGUUUUCAACAUGGCGACCAAAUUGUCCUCGGUGCUCCGGUUCCAGCCACUUAGACUUGCAUGUGUCCGAGCCAUGAGUGGUGGACAGUUUGGUGAUGGAGCUGGCAAAGGUGGCGGCAGUGGAGGCUCUGUGAGAGAUGCCGGCGGUUCUUUCGGAAAGAUGGAAGCAGCAAAGGAAGAGCAGUACUUCCGUCAGCUGCAAAAGGAGCAGCUGGACAAGAUGAAGGACAUGCUGGAGGAUGAGGUGACCCACCACGAGCGACAGAUCAGACAGCAUCAGGAGGCCAUUGACCACCACAAGAAGAGGAUCGGGCGGCUGGCCAAACAGUCGGGCUCCGACUCCGACUAGACGUGACCGGCCUGUGUGGGGUUCCGUGACCCUCGACUUGUGACAUGUGUGGUGUGACCUUUGGGACAAACUGGCCAAAUGUUGUCGACUAUUGUGGUAGAUGUUGUAAGUCCGCGCUGUGUUCCGCAGUCUCUGCGCGGCGCGCGCAUGUGUGUCGAUAGAGGAAAUGUCUGGCAGUCUGGCUGCGGUUCUGUGAUCCGUGUUGUUUGUUCAUCCAGUUUGUGGAGAGCAGUGUUUUCUUCUAGCUUGUAGUUUUUCUGUACAUUUGUUGGGGAUGUUCAACUUGCUCAGAAAAGACCUCGAUGUUAGGAAGGUUCAGCGCAAGAAUCCUGUGCCGACUUUUUCCCCCCAAGAUGUCUUAACUUUGUUGUGCAACAUUUGGGCUGAGGUCUGGUGUGGAAAGUUCCACUAGGAAAUGAGUUCCCGAUUCACCUCAAUUUGUCUGUGGAGUUUUUGUCAUAAUUUGAUCUUGAUGCAAAAUAAAAUUGUUGAUUUGUA